GUUUGGUGUUUGGACAAAAAUUUGGCACUGGCCGGGAUAAUGUGGUGGUUAUUAAAAUUUUCUAUCGUUUUGCAAUGUGUUAACUCAGUGCGCAUCAUAAACAUUCGAGUGCCAGAUGUAAUUCAAUAUGGAACUAAGGACUCUAUCACACUUGACUGUGACUUCGUGACGAACAAUGUCACCGGUCUGGUGGUCAAGUGGUUUUACAUGGAUAAGACGACGCCAGUGUACCAGUGGAUCCCACCGCAAAAACCUCAAGCUCUUGGAAUUUUAAGAAAUAAGGUGGACCUAUCCUACAAAGUAUCUCACAACCCGUACACCCAGCAUCGAGCUCUCCACAUCACAUCACCAGUUCCAGAGCUGACAGGCAACUACACAUGCGUGGUGUCCACAUUCCUAGCCGAAGAUGAGAAAACGAGACCUAUGACUAUAUUUGAAAUUCACGCAGGAAAUUACAAAGCAUUAAUUAUUGACAGUGCACAAAUGAAAUGCAACGUACAAUACGGACAUAAUAACGAGCGUGCAGCCGCCACUGGUACAGUUACUGUAGCCGGUACUAGCCACAACAAUAAGCUUUGUGCACUGAGACUAAACGGAAAUUACUUCGAGCAAGUUUAUCUACAGGCCACUGAACGCCAAGUCGUCGAUCAAAGUCAUCGACGGCCGGUACACAGCCCUGACGAGUUCCGUCGUGAGGAUAGACGCCCUCCCUCCAACUGUGGAGAUUCUCUGUGA